AUGUACAGGCUGGCGAACGGGAAAGUCCUCCUCCGAGUGAUUCUUUUUCUGGUCUGUAGACAUAUAACCAUUUUAGUAAGAUCCCAGGGAUGCUACAGUAGAAGCAACUAUCGCGCCGCCCAGUUAACCGAAGCCACCUUGCCCAAUGGAGUGAACAUACGGAAAAGACCAUACUACUUUGUAAAGCAAAAGAGAUGUCCAAAAAAUGGCAUAAAAAAGAUAAGCAACAAAUUGUACGAGGCAAACACACAGAGACCAGAAAGGAAGUUCGAUUGUUCCGAAAUAAACAUAAGAAAUGAUAAGAAAUUUGUAAAAUAUGCAAAAAAACCAGCCAGUCCAAUGUCAAACCUGUUUUAUUUUUCUCCUUUUAAAAAUAUCAUAAGCAGUUUUGAACCUGUCGAUAUGGACAUUAAAAGGAAGUUAAGGGAAGAAGGAUUUCAAUAUGAAAGUGAAAAAUCUGACUCGAAUAUUUUUCCGUCCUUAGAUGAAAUAAUAAGAGACGGAGAUCCCAGCACCAACAUGCAUUUCUACAGAAGGAAAAAGUUAAAGAGUAUACUUUAUAGGGACCCUAACAGAUUUGUUAACGCUAGGAAGUUCAUCGAAAAUUACAAUAAAAGGGCUCCACCAGAUAAGCAGAUAAAUUACGACUUGUUCAGGUGUGACAUUUUUUAUGUGCACUCUGAUGGAACAAUAAUGAAUAUUGAGGAGAACAGACCCCCUUACGACAAGAAGCUGGAGGAAAGCGAGCGGGAUAAGGAACCCAGAUUCGUCAUCCAGGCAGCGCCCGGACAUGCAAAGGAACAUAACUUAAAGGUUGGAGACAAAUUCCCGGUGAUCAACGAAGAGCAGAAGAAGAUCCUGUUCGACAACCACUUCGCAAAGCCCAAAAAAAUUAGAGACCCUCUGGUCCUACCGGAUGGACGCAAAAUUCCUUAA